CACAAGAGUUAAGCCUCAAGCCAGGCGAAGAUGGCAGGGUUGUUGUUUAAGACCUCGUCGUGUAGUCGGAUAUUUUCAGCUAUAUGUGUGCGACCUCACUCGUCUCUUACGUCUGAACUGAUUGCAAACAUGGACAAAAAAGCCACCUGGGAUCGCUUCUAUGCCGACAGCAGCAGCAGAACAAAGAAGUUCAAGAACUUUGAGUGGUUCUUCGGCUUUGACGCCGUCCGGAACCUCAUCAUGCCUUUACUACAGACCAAGUCCAGCACCAAGGCCUUUUUGCAAGUCCUGGAUAUGGGCUGUGGUACCUCCUCGUUGGGACCCUCCAUUUACCAGCACUGUCCCGUUCCAGUGCGGGUCACGUGUGCUGAUAUUUCCCCCGUCGCUGUGCGGCUCAUGCAGGAGCAUGUGCUGGCUGAAGAUGUCCACUCUAGGAACUCCUCUUCACAGUUGGACUUUGUGGAGCUGGACUGCACACAGCUGCACCAACACUUUGGUUCCCGCACUGUGGACCUCAUAGUAGACAAGGGCACCACGGAUGCCCUACUGAGGUCAAAAGAGGGGCCAGGGAAGGCCGGCCUGGUGCUGAAGCAGUGUUUAGAGGUGCUGCGCCACUCAGGGUCUCUGCUCCAGUUCUCUGAUGAGGACCCGGACGCUAGGCUGUUGUGGCUGGAGACGGUAGCACGGGAGAUAGCGGCAGAGGUUUGUGUGCAGGAAGUAGGGGAGAAGAGGGGAGUGUGUUACUACUGCUACCAAGUGACCCCUCGCCUGAAUGUGCAGCAAUGACUUUGGACAAUGGAAAUAUUUCAUAUAAAGAACAUAGUUUGUCUAUUUUGGAACGUCAGUUUCUGUGGGAGAGUAACAAACGGCUUAGCACCAUUUCAAUUCCCUGUACCCUACGUCGCCGCCCCAAACACACACUUGGUAUGCUUACAUGCACUAAUAUUAAAAAAAAAUUCUAAUUA